AUGUCGAGUUUUUUGGUUGGAGGUGUAACAGUAGAAUUUGAUGAUUUCACACCUACAAUCAUGCAAAGAAACAUCAUAUGCAACACAAUACACUCUUUGUUAACUCAAAAAAAUGUACUUAUUGAAUCACCUGAAGGAAGUGAUCGAGCUUUCUUAAUUAUUUCAGCAGCACUUUCAUUUCAACAGUAUAACAAAGUAAUACACGUUGAACCUCCAAUGCAAAUAGAUACACCUACUGGUAAUUUUUCAGAGAAAACAAUUUCAACAAAUAGUAAAGACACUUUCCAAAUAAUUGUUAUCUGCAGAACUAACGAAGAUAUAUCAAAACUUGUACAUCGAGCAAAUAAACUCAAAUAUAAACCAAAAACUUUAAUUUUACAAAAUAUUUAUGAAUCUUGUUUAAACUCACAAGUUAAGUCAGCUGAUAAUCCACUAUUCUGGUGUUCUUCACUUUGCUCAAUGGGAGAAUGCCAUUUUAGCCAAAAUUCUUUAAAUAUCGAAAAUAUACAAAAUUUCGACAUUGAAGAGAUCAAAAGUGCCUGUAUUGAGAACAUGCAGUGCCCAUACAAGCUAGAGAAGGAAAAUGUCCAAAAUGCAGACAUUAUUUUCUGCACAGCAGAAACUUUUUUCUUUUCUUCCGAAAUUGAAAGAUUAGGAAUCAACAAAGACAGAAAUAUAUUAAUAUUUGAAGAUUUAGCCAACAUAGAGAGCAUACUACUCAACAGAUUGUCUCUUACGAUGAAAUCCAAAGAUUUAGAUAUUUUUAUUACAAAUUUUUCAGAGGAAAAUGCUUUAAACAAGCUCCUUACAAAGCUAAAAGCAAUACUAGUAGACCAUGCUGCAGAAAUAGGCGCUUCUGACAUGGAAUGCGAUGCUUUUUCGAUAAAUCAAAUUUUUGAUGAGAUAAACUUCGAAGAAACAGAAUGGGCUAAUCUGAAAUUGCUUCUAGAUGACAUAUACACUAAUAAUAUGACCAAAGAUCUCAUUCCUUACUCUAAUUUUUCCGAUUUAUUUCAUUUGAUUUCCAGUUUGACAAUGGCCAAAACCAAUCCGGAUCCAUUCCUUUUCGACAUAUACCCAUCGCCGAACCCAGGAGAGGACUAUUUCGUGCUCAGAUCCUUAUCAAUUUCUCCAUUUUUCAGAAGUUUCACGAAAACAGCACAUUCCAUCAUAUUUACGGCUAAUGUACUAACACCAAUGGAUUCGUUGCAGAGAUCUCUCGGAGUUAACUUCGAUUUGUCUUUUUCAGGGAUCCAUCCCUUUAUAAAUGACCAAAACUUUGCUGCUUUCGCUGUAAACUUUACAAACGAUAACGUUCCUUUAUCGUCAAUUUCCGAAAACAAGGAAUCUGUUUACAUUUCGCUGGGUAAACUGAUUGAGAGCCAAUACCAGAACAUCCCUGACGGUGUUGUCCUUUAUGCAGACAAUUUCUUCGAUUUGUUGCAAGUUUGGAGAAAAAAUAAUUUUACAAAGAAGAUUAAGAAGUAUAAACCGAUCUUUCACCAAAAGCAAGGUGAGAAAUACAUUGAUGAGUACACUUAUUCCAUUUCUGUUGGAAAUGGAGGACUUUUGUUGACAUCUGAUAUUGAUGAUAUUCUAAAUUUGACUGGGAAGCAGCUAAGAUGCUUGUUCUUCUUCGGGAUACCUAGAUGUGAUGAUAGAUUAGCAUUUUUGAAGAAGAAAUUUGAUCAAAAUUUAUAUCCUACGGAAAACUCUCUUGAUUAUAGUGAAAUGAAUGGACUAAGGAAUGCUUAUGAAUGUGCUGAUGCUAUUAUCUCGCAAAAUGGUGAUUUUGGCUGUGUAUUAUUUAUUGAUCCAAGAUUUUCAAUUUUAAUUGAUUCUGCACCAAAAUGGAUCAGACAAUGUUCAUCGAAGAUCACAACCCAAUCAGUUUUGACCCGUCAAAUCAAACAAUUGUUCCAAAAUAAUAUUGAACCCGAAGAAACCUUUCAAUUAUCAGUAGAUAGAAGAGCCUUAUUUGUCUGUGCAUCCUGUGAAGGCCAAAUAUUGACUUCAACAAGGAUAACAACCAUUGAAACGUUUGAAAACGACAAAUCUGGUUUUCUUGAAAUUAUUAACGAGAACGGGCCAAAAUCAGUUCUUCCUGUCUCCAAUAAAUUCAGUAGGACUAUCCAUUGCAACCAAGACCAAAUACAAUGGAAAGAAGAAGAUGGAAUCGGAUAUUCUCCUUUGAUUUGUAGCGAAUGCGGCAAAAUAGUUGGAGCACAAGUAACUAUAGCUAAUUCUGAGAAUGAAAACUCUUUAGAUGAGAUUUGGCUCGUUUGUGAUCGAAUUAUCGCAAAAGAUCCUCCAAAAAAGGCCCAAUCUUUUUCACAAUCCAUCCAAAAGAAGUCACAAACAGCUUCACAGAGUCCUUCGAAGUCUCAGCAAAAGGUUAAGAAACAAACUCCAAUUCCAAAGGGCCAAACAUUAAUUGAUUGGUCUAAUUAUGUAAUAGAAUAA